AUGGCGCCCGCGCUCCCCUACCGCGAUAUAAAUCUCCUUGUCUCUCCUCGCCAUUAUGCGUUCCGGUCGGCUUCGUCAACGUCGGCCCCAACUCUCGUUGUUGAGAGGCCAUCGGGCGACCUGCGACUCGAUAAUAUAUCCGUACAAGGCGCGAAACGGGUGUCCAGCAUCGCAGGAAUCUUGGGGAUCGUCAAGUUGAAACUGGAUAAGUAUAUUAUCAUCAUAACGAAAGCACGUCCGAUGGGAAGAUUGAGAGGUCAUAUGAUAUACAAUGUGGUCGCAACCGAAUUCCUACCACUCCGCGAACGACCGUUGCACGAUCCUGAUGAAGAUACAUACCUGUCUUUACUCAAGCAGUUCCUACAGAACAGCCCCAUAUACUUCUCCUACUCCUUGGAUAUUACCAACAGUUUUCAGCGUCAAUCCCAGAGCGACCCAUCUGCGCCACUGUGGAAAAGAGCCGAUGAUCGCUUCUUCUGGAAUCGUUUUAUCCAAACAGAUCUCAUAGAUUUUAGGUCCGGGCUGUCUGAUGGCACGGGGAUCCGAUAUGGUCAGCUCUCUGAUGUGGAUCCUUACAUAUUACCUGCCAUGUAUGGAAUGCUACGUAUAACACCAACAAAGGUCAAGUCAACACCCUUUACCUUCGCUCUGAUCACCAGACGGUCGAGGUAUCGAGGCGGGACCAGAUACUUCUCCCGUGGGAUUGAUGAACAGGGCCAUGUCUCGAACUAUAAUGAAACGGAACAGAUUAUAAUCCUUAACGAUUCAACCGGAAGCCUGCCUGGGUUUGCCGGGGGAACCGGCAUGCAGAAUGGAAAGCUGAAGGGUGCCGGCAACAAAGACUUGCACGUCAUGUCAUUUGUGCAAACCAGGGGUAGUGUGCCAGUUUACUGGUCUGAAAUCAACAAUCUCUUCUACAUUCCCCGCCUUCAAGUUCGCAGUGUUGAAACUGCAGUUCCUGCUGCACGCCAGCAUUUUUCCGAACAGAUCAAUAUCUACGGCGAAAACUAUCUUGUGAACUUGGUAAAUCACAAGGGAAGAGAGGAAAAGGUGAAAAAGGCAUAUGAACAGAUGGUUCGCACACUGGUCACCUCAUCCUCUGAGGCUACUGAGGCCGACCAAUUGACUUCUGAAGAAUUUCACAUCGUCGACCCAUCCCUCAAGAAGCAACAAAUGGAUAAACUUCACUACAUCUACUUUGAUUUCCAUAAUGAGACCAAGGGGCUUCAAUGGCAUCGGGCGGAGCUUUUGCUUAACCAUCUUACAGAUGGCCUAGUGCGAGGGCAGUAUUUCAGUGGCGUUGAGCCCUUGGGUGAACCUUCAGGCCCGCUCGAUAUUCGACUUCUACAAUCGAGUGUCGUUCGGACAAACUGUAUGGAUUGUUUAGACCGCACUAAUGUUGUGCAAAGCAUGCUGGGCCGGUGGAUAGCCACACGCCAACUAGUCGACGCUGGUAUUCUACAACCAGGGCAAUCGGCAAGCGACGAUCCUGAAUUCGAAUUCAUGUUCCGUAAUGUUUGGGCAGACAAUGCUGAUGUUGUCUCAAAGUCGUAUUCCGGAACAGGUGCCUUGAAAACUGACUUUACCCGGACCGGCGAGAGGACCAAAGCCGGCAUCCUUCUCGAUGGCAACAAUUCGUUGACCAGAUACAUCCGCAAUAACUUUUUCGAUGGCCCUCGGCAGGACGCUUUUGACCUUUUCUUAGGCACCUACCUGCCUUCGUUCUCUCCAAGCAGCAAAUUGGUAUUCGUGGAUCGACGGCCGCUUGUCAUCCAAGCCGUUCCAUACAUCCUUGCAGCCAGCAUUUUCAUGGUCCUCGUCGCUACUCUGAGCCGCAGGCUUCCUGAUUCGGCCGCCUGGCCAAUAAGGUUGUUCCUUAUUUUUUGGAUGGUCGUCGGAGCCUGGUGUCUACGUUUCAUCUACUCCCAUGGCAUGUUAUAUGUAAACUGGCCUAAACUCAAUACUCCAGCAGCAGCCACAGAGGGCUACCUUGACGCAUUACAAAGAGCGCACUCAGAUAAGGUAAUUGGACGAUUCGUACCUGCAACUCGGCAUCAGCGCGGGUUCAGCAAUGUACGGCUCGGCUACAUGGAGGAAGGCAAGAAGAGGAUAGAAUAA